AUGUCCUUUCUCUUUGGUGGCGGCCGCCCCCAGCCGUCGUCCGCAGAAAAGAUCGCUGCGGCAGAAAACGAAGUCGAGAUGGUCUCAGACAUGUUCAACAGAUUAACCCAGUCCUGCCUCAAGAAAUGCAUACCAGCCGACUACCGCGAAGCCGACCUCAACAAGGCUGAGAGUGUCUGCCUCGAUCGCUGUGUGGCAAAAUUCUUCGAAGUCAACAUGAAAGUGUCGGAAAAGAUGCAGGGCGAGGCGGCCAUGAGACAAGGAGGCGGCGGUGGAGGCGGUGGCAUGUUCGGAAUGUAA